AAUUGAUGAAUUUCCUAAAACCCGGCCCGGCCAUUUUGUAAUUUUCAUCUCCCUCCCUAUCAAAGCACCUCUCCAUCUUCUCUCUUCUCUCUGAAACCCUAAUCUCCGGGGGAGAAUCUAUCACUCCUCGUCGCAUUUCCGUUCAUCACGCCCUUGGCGGUGGCCCUGGUACUCCCAGCCCCCCUUGUAAUCGCUACCUGUGCAAGUUGAGUUGGGUGGUUUGGUAGAGGGGGAAGAUUCGGAAGACUAGCAGACGCAUGAAUCUUCAGUUUUUCAUCUGAACUUGUUCUCCGUGGUAGUGUAACAGGUUCGUGUGCAAAUAAGGGUUUUUAACUUGACUCUUGCAAGCAUAAUACUGCCCUCACCGACUGCCAUGAGUGGAUUCUUCUGUCCUGGGGGUCCAAUCAAACCCACAACUUUCGAUCUUAUUGUCAUUGGAACAGGCAUCCCUGGAUCAGUAAUUGCCGCCGCAGCUUCUGCUGUUGGAAAAACUGUCCUCCACCUUGACCCCAACCCAUUUUAUGGCAGCCACUUCGCCUCUCUCCCCCCAAAUGACCUCACCUCCUUCCUCAAUUCCCAUUCUACAGAUCACAUCACCACUGCCACCAUUAACACCACCUCUAUUGAUCCUAGUCUCGACCAUGAUUACAUUGCCAUAGACUUGAAACCCCAGUUGUUAUACUCUAAUAUUGAGACUGCCACCUAUGCCCCUGAAAUCCUUGCAAAACAUUGCCCGAGAGAAUUCACCAUCGACCUUGGAGGUCCUAGGUUGCUAUUCCCUGCUGACAAAGCCACUGACCUUUUGAUGAAAUCCGGACUGAAAUUGUAUGUUGAAUGUGGAUUCUUGGAAUUCAAGAACAUCGGUGAAAUUUUCGUUUGUGAUGAGAGUGGGCAAUUAAGGAAUAUUCCACACUCGCGAAUAGAAAUGUUUAAAGACAGGAGCCUAAGCCUUAAAGAGAAAAGUAUGUUAGCAAGGUUCUUCAAGUUUCUUGAGCAGUACUUGGAAGCCUCUCAUGGUAUUGGCGGUGACCAAGAAGGGAGCCACAAUAGUGAAAGUUCCAAGAUUUCAGAGGAGGACUUGGAGAGUCCCUUUAUUGACUUCAUAAAUAGAAUGCAGUUGCCACCCAAAAUAAAAUUGAUUAUUCACUGCAUUGCCAUGGUAGAUUGUGGUCAAGACGACUUGGAAGUUUGUAAAAGUAAACUUAAGACAAGAGAUGGGUUAGAGCGUUUAGCCCUCUACCACAGUUCAAGGUCGACAAAUGCCCAUGGAGCUUGGACUUAUCCUGAAUAUGGCCAUGGGGAUUUAUCAGCUGCCUUUCCCCGCCGAGCCGCUGUUAAAGGUUGCAUUACUGCUUUGCAUACGCCAGUUAGUGCUGUGCUUAUGGAUAAGGAUAGUGGACAAUAUAAGGGUGUUAGAUUAGCAUCAGGUCAAGAUUUGUUUAGCCAUCACCUUGUUUUGGAUCCAACCUUCACCGUUACAUUGGCACCAACUUCAUCUCCACCAAACCUUCUAAGAGAAGGUCUUCAAGUUUUAAGUCUGAAAGAUGAUAAAGGAAAGGUGGCUAGGGGAAUAUGUAUUACAGCCAGUUCCUUGAAGCCAGAUGUAUCAAAUUGUGUGCUUGUAUGUCCUCCCAGAUCUUUGUGCCCCGAACAGGAUACCUCAAUCUGGAUUAUCCAGAUAUGUGGCAGUUUGGAAACGGGUGUUUGUCCAAAGGGCAUGUUUCUGCUGUACUUUUCAGCUCUAUGUGAAGAUGCUGAGCAAGGAAAAAGGUUGCUACAAGCAGUCAAGAAUGCUCUUCUCACACUUCCUAUGUCUGGAAAUCCUGAAAGAGCUUCCACAGUUCAAGGUGAAAAAGCAGAAGUAAAACCCACCUUAAUUUGGAGCACGUUGUAUAUUCAGGAGCUGACUAUGGAUCAACACGAAUAUCUUAUUUCAACUCCCAUGCCAGAUGGAAAUCUGUGCUACAAUGAUCUGUUAGAUGCAACUGUGCUGCUUUUCCAGAAGUUGUAUCCAAAUGAAGAAUUCUUUCCCGAGACACCUGAGAAUUUGGAGGAUGACAUUCUGAUUAAUCUAGAGGAUUAAUAGUGGUUUGCUGGACUCAAGUCGGUGUGUGUACUGUGCAUCCCAACAUGUUACUGAAAUUAUUGACACAUGCGGCCUUGGUCAUUGCUGAAGAGGAUAGGCACAAGUGAUGCUUGUAUUUGUUCCAUUGUUCACCACUUAUUGUGAUAGAGGAUGAGGCUGGUACUAAAUUUCUUCAAAACAAGUUUCCAAACUAAAGUCUUUAUCAUGAGUAAUGAUGAGAAAACCUUAACUCUCUGGUUAGCUACUAUACUUUAUUGCUAUGCACAAAUCAGGAAUAGGAGCAGAAGCCAGACAUUUGUGCUCGUAGUUUUACAGACUAGAUCCUCUUACUUUCAACUCUUGAGUGAGCUGGGCUUGAUUUUGUACUUUGUUUUUCUCACUGUCUUGCUGGAUUUAAUUUUCUAGAUUAUUUGUAUGCAAGAACCUCCACUUGGGGUGUGUUCUUACUGUUAAUCUUUUGUACUUGCCCUGUUGUAAUGAAUUUCUGCUUGUUCUGAAAAAAAAGAAGAAAAAAGUAAGAGGAGAUCUGUGUU